GGGAGAUAUUGAAUGGAUUUAAUUGAGAAAUAUUCAGAAUAAUAAAAUUCUUUGGAGCUCUUGAAUAAUGAACCAAAAUAAUUGAAUUCAAAUGAUGUUUAUGAAUAUGUUGCAAUGGAUAUUUCACCAGAUUUAUAAUGGUUGGCAGUUGGUGGACUAUAUAUUGAUAAUAUUGUUUUAUGGAGGAUAUCUUGCUAAAGUUAGACAAAAGUAAUAGGAACAUAGAUGAAUGAAGAUUUAGGAUAACUAGAAUUUUCAAAUGAUUCUAUUUGGUUAGCAGCUUGUGGAUCUAGUACAAAAAUAAUAAUUUGGAAAAUGAAAGAAUUAGAUGAGUUUCCUAUAAUUUUAGAUGAACAUUAAUAAAGAAUAUGGAGAAUUGAAUUCUUCAAUAAACCUCUUUUCGAUAUUUUAUGUUCUGGAAGUUCCGACUCAUCAGUGAAAAUAUGGAAUGUUAAAUAAAGAUAAUUAUUGUAAAGUUUUAAUAUGAAUGAAGAUAAUUCGAUAUUUAGUGUUGGAGUUUCAGUUAAGAAUGAUUGGAUUGUAAUGACAGGAAAUGAUGCAAGAGUUUUUAUUUUAGAUACUAAAAGGUUGAAAUUGAUUUCAUAAUAGAAAAUCUCUGAAAAUUAAUUAUAUUUUACUGGAUUUCCAUAACAUACAUGUUAAUACUAUGCUUGUUCUGGUAUGGAUGAGUAUGUUAGAAUAUUAACUAAAAAUAAAUUAAUUAGAAAAAUAAACUUUCCUCAAAAUUGGAAAUGGUAAAUUGAAUUUAUCUGUUAAUCAAUCUUAGCAGUUUCAAGUAUUAAUUCAAUAUAAUUUUGGGACAUUGGUAGAGGUAUCUAAUUAAAAAUUGUAGAAAAUAUAUAUUAUACAUAUCCUUCAUUUCGAUUUAAGUAUUUGAAAGAAGGAUUAUGUGCAACAGCAAGCAAAUUUAUGAUAAAAUUGUGGAUAAAGUGA